UUAGGAAUGAAUUGUCAUUUCUGUCAAACAUAAAAGUGACAGCUGUGACUAGUCGGUGAAAAGUUGCCAUGAUCAAGUGCUGAAAUCUUGUUUUAAAUUUACAAAAACUCUUGCUUUUGCUUGUGUUAUCAUAUUCUGGACCAAUUCUAAUCAUGUCAAGUAAAAAAAGCGACCAAACUCCCUCAAACGAAGAAGUUAUUGAAGAACUAACCAAAGAUUUGAGAGACGCACAAUUCAGCGUUGAAAAUUCUGAAAAUGAGGAUCCCAAAGCCCCUAUUCCCGAAGAUUUCGACGCUUCAGACACCGAAUCCAAUAAACUUGAAGAAUCUCGACCUGAGGGCAUUUUAGACGAUUCGGAUGAUGAAGAACUUAAGAAUCAAGAUCUCGAUCUAACAGAUGAAGAGAAAGAGGUGAAAAGACAGGAGGCGAUAGUUUUGAAAAAUCGGGGUAACGAGGAAUUCAAAAGUAGUAAAUAUUUAGAAUCUAUAGAAACUUACACUGAGGCAUUACGGUUUUGUCCAUUGAAGUUUGGAAAUGAUAGGGCGAUUUUAUAUGCAAAUAGAGCAGCUUCCAAGAUUAAGGUUGAAAGGAAAGCUAGUGCAAUAGAUGAUUGUACGAAAGCUGUAUCAUUGAACGAUAAGUAUGUUAGGGCCUAUUUAAGAAGAGCAAAGUUGUAUGAAGAAACAGAUAAGUUGGAUGAGAGUUUAGAAGACUACAAAAAAAUCGUGGAGUUAGACCCUGGAAAUAAAGAGGCGCUGGGGGCUAUCCAUCGGCUACCACCUUUAAUAAAUGAAAGAAAUGAAAAACUUAAAACUGAAAUGCUUGGGAAACUUAAAGAUUUGGGAAAUAUGUUCUUGAGGCCUUUUGGCCUGUCUACAAAUAAUUUCCAACUCCAACAGGAUCCUAACACAGGAGGGUACUCAGUGAAUUUUCAACAAAAUCCAAAUUAAUUAGGUAGUAAAUUAGGGCACACUUUUGUGACAUGUAAACAAUGUGAUAUUAAAUUAGUUUUUAACACCCAAAGUUGGAUAAUCUUCUUACAGGUUAAGUAGGUUUAAAUUGAAGCUUUGAGUGUCUGUAAAUCUACAAACACAACUUUUAAUAUCUCAGCAUAGUAUUAUAAAUGACCACAAGUAAGUUUUUAAUUUUUAUUAAAUUUUUGUUCCCUUAACAAAAAAUUUACUGUACUCCAUGCAGAAUAAAAUGUUAAAUUUCCAAUAACUUCCCUUCUUUGAUUAACAAAUAGUAAUUGGGAUAAAAAUAACCAUAACAUCAGCCUUCAUGCACUAAUUCAAAACGUAUAUAUAAUGCACUGAGAUUUAAUCCAGGUUGUCAUCAUCAGGGGGUUGGAAUGUUGGUGGUGGCGCCGCUCCACCUCCCGGCAUCCCUCCAGGUCCUGGAAAUCCAGCAGGAAAUCCGGGAAUGUUCCCAGACCCUGCUCCACUGGCGGCCAAUUUCUCAGAUAACUUAGUAAUCAAAGCCAUAACUUUAGGAUUAUUCUUAUACUUGUAAAAAUUGCCAGGAUUUGUAGAAACAUCCUCGAAUGCGGCCGCUACUACAGGAUCAGCAAAAGCAGCCAUAAUAUCAGGAUUUCGUAAAAAGCUAUAAAAAUCUUCAUAUUUUGUCGAAUCCUCAGGCUUCUGAUCUGGCUUCGGCUCGUUCUGCGCAGCAGUACUAGCCUUCGCGUGAGCUUCCCUCGCCUUCCUGGCCCUCUCCAACUUCUCCUUUUCCUCUUUCUCCAGUUUCUUCCUCUCCAACUUAAUUUUGUGUUGCUCAAUUUUUUUAGCAUUUGGUGUUACUUCCUUCAGCCAUUCGUCAGUCUGCUCGUCAAAAUCAAUAUUGCACGCUUGUCGCAAAUCCUUCGCGGCCUUCUCCCAUUCUCCCAAAAGCCGAAAAGCGCGCCCUCGGAACUUAUAAGCGGCCGCUGAAUCAGGAUUAAGCUCCAGAGCUUUAGAACAGUCUUGAAUGCACGCAUUGGGUUUUGUCAGUUUUAAAUAAGCUUGGCCUCUUUUCGCAAACAACAAGGCAGAGGAUGGAUUCAGUUCGAUUGCUUCAGUGUACAGUUCAAUGGCUUUAUCGAAAUUCCCCUCCGAGAAUUGUCCGAUGGCUUCCCCGCGUUUCUCGUCAGACUUGUCGCUAUCUUCUUCGCUCACUUCUUUAUUCUGAUCUCCCAUUUUCUGCUUUUCGUCGAUGGUGUCUGCUUCGACGCAACCUUCGUUGUCGAUCUCCAAUUCUGACUCGGGUUCGGAUUCUGGUUCAGAGGCGACUUCGGGGGGCGCUUCUGCGGGGGUUUCUGCGCUCAUUUUUGUGGCAGGUGGAGGUACUUUGCCCCCGAACGAUUCGAUGAA